AAUGGGCAGGAGGGAGGAAGCAGUUGGUCUGUAAAGUCAAGCAUCCACAACCACAAGAAAAGGAGGGAACCGUGCAAUUAGGCAUGGUGAAUUUGAGCAGCUGAAUCUAACGAUGACUGAAUAAGUUAUUCGGUGGACAUCUCUUAGGUCUUCUUUCGUGAAAGUGUUGAUCGGACGGCUGUAUCAACGACAACCAGCAGGAUCUGGUCGAAGAACCCUAAUGCUUGCUUCCAGUUUGAGGAUUGAACUGGAAUCAAGGAAUGCUUUGUCAGAAACAUCAUCAUUGGCUUGAAAUUUGCAAUAUGCUUUGAAUAGUCACCCAAACAACUGUGGAGUUUGAUUCUUGAUACAGUAGAAAGAGUAAAGUAUAGAAAGAGUACAGUAAAGAAAAUGGCCGAGGGAGAAGAUGACUUGCCAAGGGAUGCAAAGAUUGUGAAGACACUACUAAAAUCAAUGGGUGUCGAUGACUAUGAACCUCGUGUUGUACACCAAUUCCUAGAACUUUGGUACCGGUACGUUGUUGAUGUAUUGACUGAUGCACAGGUCUAUUCAGAGCAUGCUGGGAAGACUGCAAUCGACUGUGACGAUGUCAAGCUUGCUAUUCAAUCGAAAGUCAAUUUCAGCUUCUCACAACCCCCACCACGUGAGGUGCUACUUGAGUUGGCUAGGAACAGGAACAAAAUCCCGUUGCCAAAGUCAAUAGCUGGGCCUGCGGUCCCACUUCCUCCUGAGCAGGAUACUUUGAUCAACCCGAACUACCAGCUUGCAAUUCUUAAGAAGCAUACUAGCCAACCUGUUGAAGAAAUGGAAGAGGAUGAAGAGGGUGUUGAUCCUAGCCCAAACCCUUCCCAAGAACAGAAGACAGAUAAUAUGCAGCAAAAUACUCCUCAACGAGUAUCCUUUCCUCUUGGAGCUAAACGUCCAAGAUGAGAGUUGAUCAAGUACAUUAAGGAGGAAGUCGAUGUAAUUUGCACAUUUUUAUCUUUACUGGGUAAUGGUAAUUCAUAAGAAAGAUAUUAGUUGAACAAACUUGAUUAAUCUCACAUUAUAAUGAGGAAGAUAUUUUCACACCAAUGUUAAAAUCUGAUAGAAAGCACUCUUUAUUAUGGUUAAUGG